AGCUUUGGUUCUUUCACUGCUUUGCAUCUCUGUACCCCUCCUCCGACUAAAGCAACUGGGACAGAGAACUUUGGUCACAGAGUUCUUGCUGAAAUAUCAGUACGCUAUUUGGACACGGCAUUUUAGUUUCAUCAUGGUUUCCUGUCACAUCAACAUUCUGCUUGUAUGUCUUUUGCUGCUGUAUCCGUUUUCACUGGCUGCAGUUUUCUUAAAGCAUAAGGAAGCAAGCAAUGUACUACGAAGGGACAAGAGAGCCAAUUCCUUCUUUGAAGAAUUUAAAUCAGGAUCACUGGAAAGAGAAUGCCUAGAAGAGAAGUGUUCAAUGGAGGAAGCAAGAGAAAUUUUCAAGGAUGACAAAAGGACAACGCAAUUCUGGACACAUUACACAGAUCCUAAUCAAUGUGAUUCCAACCCUUGUCAGAAUGGUGGGACAUGUAUUGACCAAUUCCAGCACUACCUUUGCAUUUGUCCUAUGGAUUAUGAGGGCAGAAACUGUGAAAUUGGUCCAGAAACUAAACUGAAGUGUAUUUAUGACAAUGGUGGCUGUAAUCAGUACUGCAUAGAUAGCCCAACUACAUUACGGCAGUGUUUUUGUGCAGAAGGGUACAGGCUGGCAAGCAAUCAAGAGACUUGCCUUCCAGAAGUUGAUUAUCCUUGUGGGAAAAUACCCAUUCUGGCCACAAAAAAGCCAACACGACAGGGAAGAAUCAUAGGUGGUUAUACAUGUCCUCCAGGUCACUGUCCAUGGCAAGUUCUCAUAAUAGAUGGUGUGAAGGAAAAAUGUGGAGGUGUUCUGCUUGCUCCAACCUGGGUAGUUACAGCAGCCCACUGCUUAGAUCAUAUACACCAACAAACACUCAAGAUUAGACUAGGUGAAUACAGGACAAACCGUGUGGAUGGAGGUGAACAAGAAACAAGGGUCGCUCAAAUGAUAAUCCAUGAAAAGUAUUCUUCAAAAAGCAUCGACAAUGAUAUUGCCUUAUUGAGAUUAACUGCACCAGUUAACUUCACAGACCAUGUGGUGCCCAUAUGCUUGCCUCCACAACGGUUUGCUGCAGACGUGCUUAACUAUGUUGAAUAUUCCACUGUGAGUGGAUGGGGACGUCUUUUGGAAGGUGGGGCUACUUCAGUUGCACUUAUGCAAGUGAGGGUUCCAAAAAUGCAUAAACCAGAAUGCAUUCGACACACUAACUUCAAUAUUACAGACAACAUGUUCUGUGCCGGAUACCUUAAUGGGACAAAAGAUUCUUGUGAGGGUGACAGUGGUGGACCUCACGUCACUGAGUACAAGGAUACCUGGUUUUUAACAGGGAUUGUGAGCUGGGGUAAGGGGUGUGCAGCGGUGGGCACAUAUGGGGUUUACACAAAUGUGAUAAAAUAUGUUCCAUGGAUAAGCAGGCACAUGGAUUCCUAAUUCCAAACACUUCUGAAUUGUGCUUCUCUCACAACUCUUGCUUUUGAGAGCUCUCUCUGCAGGAUUUUUCAAGCAUCCUUAUUUAAAUUCAUGACUGUAUACUGAAUUAAUACUUCCUUUUAUUCAUUUUUCAUGAAUGUACACGUCGGUGCUGUUUUUCUCAUUAUGGCCAGAGAGAAAUGUAAGCUAUUUGAUUGUGAGCUGUGGUAAGCAACAACAAGGAAGCCCAGUAAUAAAUGUAUAAACAAUACAAAUCCAGGUGUAACAAAGGGCCUGAACAGAUAGGCCAAAAUAAAGCUGCUUCAGGUCACUUUGGAGGUAUGCUAUUUAAAUUAUGCAUGUGUCCUAAGA